CAAGUCUUAGUCGAAAAUUCAGAUAAAGGCCUCAUUCUGAAUACAUUGAGGCACUCUUCCAUCGUCACAAUCAGAAACACAGCAGUGGAAAUUAUUGUGGUUUGGACAUUCAGUUUACUAAAUACACUCACAGGAGUUACUUUACUGUUAGAUUUACCAUUUGAAAACCUGGAGAGCCUGGAAAUGAAAACUUACUGUGGUACAUUUGUAAUGUUUCUUGGCCCAAUGUCUGAUAAUUAUGAUAAAGUGUACAUUUGUUUUCUGUUUGUAUCAGCUGCUGGUGUGGCAAUCACUUCCUCCUAUAUUGGUGUGAUGAUAGCAGCCAGGUCAGCCUCUACAGACAAAGCUUCAGCAAGAAAGGCUCGUAACACACUGCUGCUGCAUCUGGGGCAGCUGGGCCUCAGUCUCUCUUCAACCAUUUACAGCCCCAUCCUCAUAGCUCUUUCGAGAAUUGUAACAAGGAUAAUAUUUGUGCGUGUCUAUAACGUUUUAUAUGUGUGUAUUUUCAUCUUGCCCAGAUGUCUGAGUUCUCUCAUUUAUGGCAUAAGAGAUCAGACCAUCAGACCUGUCCUCAUGAACCGUCUAUGUUGUCGACUGAAACUCUCAGUCAUCUCAGUCAAGGCUAAGGUCUCACCCUAG